AAAGGGUAAAGGUAGGGAUGAGUUAUAAGUAGGAGAAUAUCCUCGUAACUCUCCAUUCCUUAAAAAAGGGGCCUCUGCUCCAUUAUUUUUAAGGAAUGGAAAGUCACUCGGACAUUCCCCUCUAGGGAUAUCCCAAAGUGAAGCAGAUCUUAGACGUUUACCACUUUGACGAAACGCAAGAGCACGGGACACCCGACCAACUUUAGUGAGCAAGCAUAUCGGGGACCUGUUUUCCAGGGAAUAUGUAUUUGGAUGCCAGUCAUUGUUGGAGGGAAAUCCUUUGAGAGAGAUGAGCUUUGGGAACACAUCUUUGAGAUCUCGGGUUGCGUCAAGAUGGCGUGUCGAUUUUCUGUAUUAGUUGUCUUCGCGUUGAUGAGUCUCAGCCUUCCCCGAGCUCAUGGAGCAGAUAGCAAUAUUACAGAACGUGAUGUCCUCAAUCGUCUGCUGGACCCAGACUGUUAUGAUGCGACAAUAAGACCGGGCGUUGAUGAAGGGGAGGCAACGUGUGUUGAAAUUGAUAUGGCCUUGAAUUCAGUCGGUCCAGUCAGCAACAUCAAAAUGGAGGUGAGCACGAGCUUCUUCCUGCGGCAGCAGUGGCGAGAUGCCCGUCUGAUGUACGACGACUUCAACCGCAGCAUCGUCAUAAGUCACAAGCGGCUCGGGUCGCUGUGGGUGCCGGAUCUCUACUUCACUCAGUCAAAACACGAGAUUCUACACAACUUGACGACGCCAAACGUCAUGAUCAGACUCUCCCCCAACGGGACUGUUCUCUAUACACAGAGGUUGUCGGUGAUUGUCCAGUGCCAGAUGAACCUGGUCAAAUUCCCCAUGGACUCUCAGACCUGUUACAUAGCUAUGGAAAGCUACAGCUUCACCGCCGACUCCUUGUACUUCCGGUGGAGUGGGCAUCGCCAGGCGACGUCAGUGCAGCCCGAGGCCAACAUCCCUGACUUCAGCAUCUCUGACGUCAUCGCCGAGGACUGCUCUUCAACCUAUGCUAUAGGAACAUUUACAUGCCUGAGAGCAGUUCUCCACCUCAAACGAGAAAUCGGCUUCUACGCUACACAGACCUACAUCCCCAGCAUCCUCAUCGUCGUGUUGUCCUGGGCCUCGUUCUGGAUCGACCACGAGGCAGUUCCCGCCAGAAUCUCCGUGGGGCUCCUAACAGUGCUCACCAUCACCACCCAGAGCUCAAGUGCGCGCGCACAACUUCCCAGGGUUCCCUACGUGAAGGCCAUCGACGUGUGGAUGACCUCGUGCCUGGUGUUCGUGUUUGCCGCCUACAUGGAGUAUGCUGUCGUCACGGUGCUGUCCCGGCGGUUUAAAAAGCUCAAGGCUGGUGGCAAUCACAAGGAAAAGAUAGUUUCCAUGGCAACAAGCAAAAAGUAUGCAAUAGAAACACGUGACACAAACGACAAUGACCUCUUAACGCACGAAGGCAGAAGGGACCCAGGGAAGAAGGUUGAUAAGGCUUCGAGGAGUGUAUUCCCGGUGGCAUUCUUGGUCUUUAACAUCGUCUACUGGAUGUAUUACGUCUUGUCACGCCAACCAAUACUCGAACACGGCCGGAUCAAGUAAUCAAGAAUCCAGACUUGUGUCACUUUCUAAGCCUGCCUCUAACGCUAACGUGGUCUACGACGUAGCAAUUCACUGUGCAGAGUUGCGCCCCUUGGUUGUUGUAAGAUCCGCAGCCCGUGUGUUCGAUCCGUGGGUUUUACCUUCGCCCGUCUUAUACACCAUGAUAGAACUGAAAUACUGUCCAAAAACUCACUCACUCACUCUAACGCUUUUGUGAUCACAUCAAGAAUAUUUUCCUUUCACUGUUUGUACCCUGGGUCAUUUAAAAAAUGAAUUAUGUAUUUUCUUUUGCUUUUGUGAAAACCCGAACACCGAAAAGUAUGCAAACCUGUGUUCGCGUUUUUACCUCCAUAAAUGCAAAAAUAUAUUGAGGCAGGUCUUACAAA